AAAUGACGUCAUACAGUUAUCAGAUAACCUACCGCUACCUCUCUCAAAUAACCUUGAGUUUGGAUUGUUUGGCAACUAACUACAGCUAAGUUCACACUACUACUACAAUUACAGACGAUGAAAUCGAAUCCUAACCUCUAAAAAAGUAAUAAUUUUGUUUUUGUUAUUCUUUUUAGGCUGAUUUUUCAAAAUCGUACAACAAUGAGUCAAGACACUGACUCUUAUUUAGAACUCUCUGACGAUCCGGUGAGAUUCGAACCAGUCAAUCAGCUCACAAACGUAUUUUUUGACGACACAAAUAAAGACGUCUUCACAGUACGUUCUGGCGGCGUUAUGGGCGUUGUUGUAAAGGGUCCUUCGGAAAACAAUAAACCCCUUAAUUUCCGCAUGGAAGACCGCGGCUCGGUUUUGUCGAUAAAACUAUCUUUAGACCGCAAAGUCCUUGCAGUACAAAGAACCAACACUUCGAUUGAAUUAAUGAAUUUCAACGGCGACAGCUUAGAGUCAGAGUAUUCGAUUAGCUGCAAAAAAAACUCGAACAUUUUAGGUUUUAUUUGGUCCAACUUAAACGAAUUGGCAAUUGUAACCGAUCACGGCAUUGAACUUUACACAGUUAUCCCCGAUAAAAAAUCCCUAAAACAACUUAAAUCUAUUUCUGUAACUGUUCAAUGGUUUGUGUGGUGUCCCAAAAAUAAAAUAGCUAUUUUGGCUUCAGCCCAUGGGUCCCAAUUGCAACCUGUUUCCAUUAAACAAGGCUGCAUAAAUAAAUUACACAAAGUAGAAACUGAAUCAGGUAGAAUGGCCUUGGAACGCGAUGUAACUUUAGCCACCCUGUACAAUGUACCAGCAGUUUUAAUUCUGAGACACCAAAGUGGUCCUCAAACUGCUGAAGUGCACGUGCACACGCUUACAGGUCCCGGUUUGGCUCCGGUAAAAGCGCACGUACUCAAACUAGGCCUGGCAGGACGGUUUGCUAUAAAUGUAGUUGACGAUUUGAUUUUGGUGCAUCAUCAGGCUUCCAGGAGCUCGCAAAUAUUCGAUAUUUCGUUGCCUGGCGAAAGCGAUGGGACUGUUAAAUAUCAUACUAUGGUUGCGCCCAGGAGUUCUUUUAAGGCUACUAGUAUUAGUUUGCCUGGGUUGGUGGAGCCACAAGCGCAUGAUUGCGAACUUUAUUCUCCAAAUUGGGUUGUCUUCCAACCAAACAUAGUCAUAGACGCCAAACUAGGUUGUCUCUGGCACAUUAACUUAAGCCUAUUGCAACUGUGCAACCAAAUUAACGAUUUAAGCAUCUGUACGCAGGUAGCCUUAAAACGAAGCAAUGGCAAACCUGUAUUAUUGAAGCUCCUGCUUAAAACCAUCAACCAAAACCAACCGCCUUUAGACAAGCUUCAAGAGGCUUUCAAUCACAUAAACUUUGUGUAUCGCGAUUGGGUGGAAAUGGAGUUGCAGAGCCAAUCAGGCUCGCCACCUAAUGCACCUUUCCCCAAAAAAACAAUCCCUAGAGUUUUGAUUGAUCAAAGCACAAUGUACGAGGAAAUUUUUCAGAAAAUGGAAGCGGAUUUGAGCAAAACUGAGCGGGUUUUGGUUUGUUAUUUGGCCUCUUUGGCUGAAUAUGGUAUUCCAGCGCAAUUAAACAUUAAUACAUUAAUUGUUAGUACUUUGGUGCGUCAAAAUAAGUUUACGGCCUUGCAACAACUUUUACAGUAUGGGGUAAUAUCUGACAUGAAACCUUUGGCUUCUCUUUUGGUAUCUUUGGGCAAUAUGCAUCCUUCUUCCACUCAAAUGGCUUUGGAUAUGUUGGCUAGAUUAAAUGCCAGCGAAGAAAUUCAAGAAAUUUUGUUAAGCGAAGGACAAAUUCUUUCGGCUUUGAAAAUAGCUAAAGACAAAGCAGAUCCGAGGAAAUAUUUGACUGCGGCUCAGAACAGUGGAGACCCAACCUUAUUGCACAGUGUCUUGUAUUACUUCAGAAAUCAUCCAAAAUUUUCUAUAGUGCUUCAGAACGAUCAGAGACUACAUACAUUUAUAAACGAGUAUAACGAUAUUUUCAGCACUAGUGAAGUAUAAUAAAACUUCAAUAUUUUUUAUAAAGAUACAUUUAUUAUUUGCAACGUGUCCACAAUGAUAAUUAACAAAAAAAAAAUAUAUAUAUAAUCAAAUACAUCUUACUAAUAAAAAGAGUCCCUACUACAUUAUUUCAAUUCAACUAAUAUGUACAAAAAUAAAAUAAUAAUUAUUAAAAAACUAUUGUCAUUUAUUCGGAAUUUGUGCAAAACCAAAAAGCGUAAUAGAGCUAACUGUUUAAAGUUUUCAAAAGCUAAUUGAGCAAUUGGAAAAUAUAAUUUGCUCACUAUAGGGAAAGUAUUGAGAGUUAUUGGACUAGAAUAAUAUUUUUUUGACGCGAAUUUUCACACAAAUAUUUAGGAGUUAGGUAUACAUUGAAAUAAAUAGCUGCCUUAAUUUUUGGCACCAAAACGCACAGAACCAACUAUUGGUCCCUAAUUUUUUGAGUGAAAGAAUUGCACAAGAACAAAAAAAAAAAAACUGUACACUUUUGCCUAAUAAUUAUAUAAAAACUAUACAAUUGAUGAGCCAAUUUAAUGUCUGUGUCAGACAAAAAUAUACAAACAAUAAAAAUAAAAAUCACGUCAAUAUUAUGGCUAACAGUUUUGUGCUGAAUUAUAUAGGUAUCAAAAAGCUAGCUAGUUGACGCUAUACCCGGCUAGCUACUGAACUAAGGGCAGUUUUGUGAGGACAAAAAAAAAAGAAAUCACACUUAAACAGACAUUUGUUUAAACUUCAACCGCUUUUUGCUGUGUUUCAUACAGAAACCGUUGGCUUUGCGUUACAUGUUGUACGCCACGUAAAUCGGAUCGAGCUGAUCGGCCAAAAACCCGUCCCUCAAGUGCAUUCGCUGUUUUUCGCCUCUCGAGUUUAUCGGUACCACUCCUGGAUCCACCACAACAACCACUCCAACGAUAAGAUGAUGGUCUUCCAGUACCGUGUUUGUUACUAGCGGUACCAAAUCUAGGGCCUCGCUUUCGUUACCGUCAAGUUCCACUACAACCACUAGCAGGUUUGUCCAUGUAAAAACAGCACUAAAAAAUAAUAAAUUGUAUAAUAUAUUAUUUUUUGUGGCUUUGAGUCUUUACCAUUCCGCAAUCUUCUUAUGGCAUCUUAAUACGGAAUUUUCAAUGUCAAUAGGGUGAUAUCGCAUGCCUCUAAGCAUAAUGGUUUCGUCUAAGGCCCCAACUACAAACACUGCGUCGUGUAAUUCGGGCGAGUCAGUCGGUACCAAAUGGUGCGAGGAACCAACCGAUUCGUUGUCGCUUUGAUUCAAUGUGGUUUCUUCUGGACAGCUAAAAAAGUUUUUGUAUUAUUAUUUGUUGAAUUUUUUUUUAAGAAAACGAACCUUUCUAUUCCUUCAGUGCGUCGUAAAAAUCCUAAAUACCCGGUUCUGGCGUACACUUCUCCAGUAUUUCCAGUUACUAGACGGGCGUUGAAAUGGUCUCCGUACUCGGAUUCGUCUCCGUAAAUCGUGAAAUAGCCGCUGGCGUUGUGGCCGCUUUGUACCCAAAUUUCACCCAAGUGCGAGUCACCACA